AUGGCCACUGCAAUUAGGGAGGUGGGAGUUUGGAGACAGACCAGAACACUCCUACUAAAGAAUUACCUAAUUAAAUGCAGAACUAAAAAAAGUAGUGUUCAGGAAAUUCUUUUUCCACUAUUUUUUUUAUUGUGGUUAAUACUAAUUAGCGUUAUGCAUCCAAAUAAGAAAUAUGAAGAAGUGCCUGAUAUAGAACUUAAUCCUAUGUUGAAGACCAAUGUUUCUCUUUGGAAGGAGCUGGAGUCAACUAAAGCCGUUAUUAUGGGAGAAACUGCUGUUGUAGAAAUAGAUACCUUUCCCCGAGGAGUAAUUUUAAUAUACCUAGUUAUAGCAUUUUCACCUUUUGGGUACUUUUUGGCAAUUCAUAUCGUAGCAGAAAAAGAAAAAAAAUUAAAAGAAUUUUUAAAGAUAAUGGGACUUCAUGACACUGCCUUUUGGUUUUCCUGGGUUCUCCUAUAUACAAGUUUGAUUUUUCUUAUGUCCCUUCUUAUGGCAGUCAUUGCAACAGUUUCUUUGUUAUUCCCUCGAAGUAGCAGCAUUGUGAUAUUUCUACUUUUUUUCCUGUAUGGAUUGUCAUCUAUAUUUUUUGCCUUAAUGCUGACACCUCUUUUCAAAAAAUCAAAGCAUGUGGGAAUAGUUGAAUUUUUUGUCACUGUGGCUUUUGGAUUUGUUGGCCUUUUAAUAGUCCUCAUGGAAAGUUUUCCCAAAUCAUUAGUAUGGAUUUUCAGUCCUUUCUGUCAAUGUACAUUUUUGAUUGGUAUUGCACAGGUCAUGCAUUUAGAAGAUUUUAAUGAAGGUGCUUUAUUUUCAAAUUUGACUGAAGGCCCAUAUCCUCUAAUUAUUACUCUUAUCAUGCUAGUACUUAAUAGCAUAUUCUAUGUCCUCUUGGCUGUCUAUCUUGAUCAAGUUAUUCCAGGGGAAUUUGGCUUACGGAGAUCAUCUUUAUAUUUUCUGAAGCCAUCAUAUUGGUCAAAGAGCAAAAGAAAUUAUAAGGAGUUAUCAGAGGGCAAUGUUAAUGGGAAUAUUAGUUUUAGUGAAGUUGUUGAGCCUGUUUCUUCAGAAUUUGUAGGAAAAGAAGCCAUAAGAAUCAGUGGUAUUCAGAAGACAUACAGAAAGAAAGGUGAAAAUGUGGAGGCUUUGAGAAUUUUUCUGAGGAUUCCCUGCCCUUCCCCAUCCCUUUUUACACAGUUACUACUGCUAGAUGAACCAACAGCUGGAAUGGACCCCUGUUCUCGCCAUAUUGUUUGGAAUCUUUUAAAAUACAGAAAAGCCAAUCGGGUAACGGUGUUCAGUACUCAUUUCAUGGAUGAAGCUGACAUUCUUGCUGAUAGGAAAGCUGUCAUAUCACAAGGAAUGUUGAAAUGUGUUGGUUCUUCAAUUUUCCUCAAGAGUAAAUGGGGGAUUGGCUACCGCCUAAGCAUGUACAUAGAUAAAUAUUGUGCCACAGAAUCUCUUUCUUCACUGGUUAAGCAACACAUACCAGGAGCUACUUUAUUACAACAGAAUGACCAACAACUUGUAUAUAGUUUGCCUUUCAAAGACAUGGACAAAUUUUCAGAUUACAGUGUAUUUACUCAGCAGCCACCAGACGAAGAAAUGGAUUCAAAAUCUUUUGAUGAAAUGGAGCAGAGCUUACUUAUUCUUUCUGAAACCCAGGCUUCUUUAUUGAGCACCAUGAGCCUUUGGAAACAGCAGAUGUAUACAAUAGCAAAGUUUCAUUUACUUACUUUGAAACGUGAAAGUAAAUCGGUGAGAUCAGAAAUUACUGACAUAGUUUUUAAAAUUGAGCUAUAUUUUCAAACAGCUUUGCUUGGAGUCAUUGUUACUGCAAUGCCACCUUACUUUGCCAUGGAAAAUGCAGAAAAUCAUAAGAUCAAAGCUUACACACAACUUAAACUUUCAGGUCUUUUGCCAUCUGCGUAUUGGAUUGGACAAGCUAUAGUUGAUAUCCCCUUAUUUUUUGUUGUUCUUAUUUUGAUGUUAGGAAGCUUGUUUGCUUUUCAUUAUGGAUUAUACUUUUAUGCUGUAAAGUUCCUUGCUGUGUUGUGUUUUGCUCUAAGUAUGCUGGGGAAUCCUCAGAUUACUCUGCUAGAUGAACCAUCUACAGGUAUGGAUCCUAAAGCCAAACAGCACAUGUGGAAGCUUUCAACAAAGUCCAGAAAAAGGAAAUUUCUAGAACCACCAAACAAUGAGGAUGAAGAUGAAGAUGUCAAAGCUGAAAGACUAAAGGUCAAAGAGCUCAUCAGUUGCCAGUGUUGUGAAGAGAAACCAUCCAUUAUGGUCAGCAAUUUGCAUAAAGAAUAUGAUGACAAGAAAGAUUUUCUUCUUUCAAGAAAAGUGAAGAAAGUGGCAACUAAAUAUAUCUCUUUCUGUGUGAAAAAAGGAGAGAUUUUGGGAUUGUUGGGUCCAAAUGGUGCAGGCAAAAGCACAAUUAUUAAUAUUCUGGUUGGUGAUAUUGAACCAACUUCAGGUCAGGUAUUUCUAGGAGAUUAUUCUUCAGAGGCAACUGAAGAUGAUGAUUCCAUUAAGUGUAUGGGCUACUGUCCUCAGAUAAACCCACUGUGGCCAGAUAUUACAUUGCAGGAACAUUUUGAAAUUUAUGGAGCUGUGAAAGGAAUGAGUACGAGUGACUUGAAAGAAGUUGUUAGCCGGAGAGCAAUUCGAACUGCAUUUAAAAAUAAAAAGCGAGCUGCUAUUCUAACCACUCAUUAUAUGGAGGAGGCAGAGGCUGUCUGUGACCGAGUGGCUAUCAUGGUGUCUGGACAGUUAAGAUGCAUUGGGACAGUACAGCAUUUAAAGAGUAAAUUUGGAAAAGGCUACUUUUUGGAAAUUAAAUUAAAGGACUGGAUAGAAAACCUAGAAAUAGACCGUCUUCAAAGAGAAAUUCAGUAUAUUUUCCCAAAUGCGAGCCGCCAGGAAAGUAUGUUCACAGUUUUUGUAGAACUCACUAAAGAACAGGAGGAAGAAGAUAAUACUUGUGGAACUUUAAACAGCACACUUUGGUGGGAAAGAACCCAAGAAGACAGAGUAGUAUUUUGA